AGAUCCUCUCCACACCACCUGGUAGGAGCAACCUGCCAGGUAGGAUGCAAUCCAGGAGUGUGUAGAGCCUGAGAUGCCCAGCCCUGAGAGGGUGGAGAGGAGGAUCUGAUGGUUCACGUUGAAAUGACGUGGUGUGCCCAGUGAGUGGAUCUACUGGUUAUACAUCCACACGCCAGAAGCAUGAGAUUUGAGUUAGGGUAAUCUGACCCCAAAUUGGUGGUUAAGAGCCUGUUUAGGAGCAUCCGCACUGAUUGAUGACCUCUGACCUCUUAGGUUAAAAGAGGUGGAAAGCCUGCUGGCCGAUUUUCCUGGAUGUUCUGGACGAAUAGCAAGCCUAGAUUUGACAACUUGUUCUCCUUGAUGAACUGAAGUGGUUGUGGAUAUAAAUUUGUAGAUUUGAGCUAGUAGUCUAAUCUGAGUUGUGCUGUAUGCUGCUGGGUUACAGGCCUGGCUGUGCUGUUAGCGUAGAGUACUGCUUUACCCCUCUGUUAAUCCCUGUCUCUCCAUCCAUCCCUCCGUUUCCCCAUCCAUCCCUCCAUCUCUCUCUCCUUCCAGGGGAUUUGCCAGUAAGAGAUGGGCUUUUGGGAAUGUGUGUGUGGUGUGUAGUUAGUGAUGAAGCAGUACAUACAUAAGCACACGCUGACUGGAUAAGUACACACAUGAAUAAUAUGCACGCACACAGGUUUUAAUGACGGUGGGGGUUGCUGUGGUUUAAGUGCAGGAACACACACACACACACACACACUGGUGUACUCACACUUAUCAAACACACACAUUCAUACAAAUGUAUUUGCAUAUACUUGCACUCCCAGACACACACACACACACAGACACUCUGCCUCCGUCAGACAGGACCUGUUCGCCUGUUCAGUAUGUGGGAGGGAUCUCUGCUGACUGACCGGCAGGAUGGACAGACAGACAGAUGUAUGGAUAGCAGCACACCUGGAUCACACAUGGACAGACAUGAUUGUCAGACAUGAUUGACAGAUCUUCUUUAAUCCUGUCAUGUCCCAGAUGAGAGACUGCAGGGAUGAUUCUCAUUGCUUUAACAGUCUCUGUCCUGUGCCUGUUUCCCCAGGCUGCGCUGGCUCUGUGGGCGUGCGCACGCUCCUGCCCAGCCUCUUGCACGUGCACGCUGGAGAAGAGCUGCAGUGUGUUGUGUGACCGCUCGGGCCUACCCGACCUGCCCCGGGAGUUCCCCUGUGAAGCGUCCUCCAUCAACCUGGACAAGAACAGCCUUAAGUUCCUGUCUGAGAGGGCCUUUGGUACCCUGCCGUCCCUCAGGUCCCUGUCCCUGGACCACAACAACAUCUCCUUCAUCACCCCUGGGGCCUUCAAGGGUCUACCCAACCUAGUGGAACUGAAGAUGGCCCACAAUGAGUACAUCCGUUACCUCCACACCCGCACCUUCACCGGGCUCAAACGCCUGGUCCGACUGGACGUGGCCGACUGUAACCUCUUCAACAUGCCCGACCGGAUCUUUCUAGAAAAUUAUGCUCUGAAGGAACUCUUCUGCUUCCAGAACAACUUCCGAAGGAUUCCUGGAGCGUUCCGUGGGAUGGAGAACCUGACUCACGUCUACCUGGAGCGGAACAAGAUCGAGGCGGUGGCAUAUAACUCUCUCCUGGGCCUGGGGAACCUCAGGUACUUGAACCUCCAGGAGAACCGCAUCAACGUGAUCCACGACCACUCCUUUCAGGACCUCCUGCGCCUGGAGAACUUCUACCUCAACGACAACCUGCUGUCUGAGCUGCCUCGGGUGGCCUUCAAGGGCCUUAGCCGCCUCAAGAUGCUCAACCUGGGGGGCAACCAGCUCACCAACAUCUCCAAGACCUGGUUCAGCGACCUGGUGGAGCUGGAGGUCCUCUACCUGGACCGCAACCGCCUGGUCUAUAUCGAGGAGGGCUCCUUUGAGAACCUGACCAGUCUGAUCACCCUCCACCUCAACAGCAACAACCUCAGCUCCCUGCCCUUCCCCGUCUUCCAGCCUGUCUACUUCAUCGGACGCCUCUACCUCUUCAGGAACCCCUGGGAAUGUGACUGCUCUCUGGAGUAUCUUAAGGAGUGGAUGGAGAGUUAUAAGUUGGUCCGGGACAUCCCCUGCGCCUCCCCGUCCUCCGUGGUCGGCCUGGAUCUGAGCGAGGUAGUCUUCGCCAGGGUGAAUGGGUCGUGCCUGGAUCCAGGGGAGCUGAAUCUGACCACGAUGUCUUCGGAGAUCCUCUCGACCACGGAGAACCGUUUCAACAGCCUGAUCUCCAAGCUGCUACAGCAGGAGCUCAGGGAAGAGGUGGGGAACGGGACGGAGAGCCUGAGGAACGGGACCCUGCUGGACCCCGCAGAGGGACUCAGCGCUGGGAUCAAAGGGGCAGACGUCAGCCAAUCACUGGUCUCAUUGUUGGUGAUAUGGUGUGUCUUCUGGAUGACGAUUGGCCAAUUGGAUGUGGAUUUCCUGUUUGGGCAUGUGACUGGGACCUGAGAGAUGGAAGAAUGUGGUUGUGUUUCGUAAAAUUGGGUGAUUUCUUCCCCCAUUGGGAGGAAAGCUGUUUAGAAUGAAGGACACUACAGACAAGUCAAUCUUUGUUGGAUGUUUGAGUAUCUGACUGUCCAAUGAAGUCUUGUGGAGUAUGUGAGUUUCCUGCUGAUGAAAACUCACAUUUGUUUGUUGUUCAUUCUUCGAAAUGAAAGGAAUAAGUAAUACAACAGGUUCAGAUCACAUGGAUACAGGCUGAACUGAGAGGGUGGCUCAUGUAAAACACUGAACUGCUUGAUAUUUCACAGCACAGAUUUGUCUUGUACUAUGCAGAAUGUGUGUUGUAUUGAAACCAUGGAUUAUUGCAAUGGUUUAGAUUUCAAUACCUUCCUUGUGUUACAUAACAUUCUCUAAUGAAUGAUAGCAUUCAUUCAUAUUAUAUAAUAUUUAAAACAUGAAUGUGUUCCCUGUAACAUUAAUAAACAUUAUUCUAAUUAAUGUAAAUGUGUAAAAGCUGACAGGUCAAGUCAUCAGCGCCUUUAUAUACUCGACAGAUAUUUUCCUCCCUCAUUCUUCUUGUUUUAAUCAUUCAACUCAGUAAAUGUAGACUGUGCAGCUUUUCAUACAUGCAUUAAUCUUCUUACAGUGUGCUCCUCUUUGCCUUGUAAGCCUCUGUCUAGUCUAGCACAAUGUAAUGGAGGGAGUUUAUCAUUGCGUUUGCCUCUUAUGGACCUGAUUUCCCUUAUGUAUACAGUAUGUUGUUCAGUCAAUAAGGAAAAUGAUCAAAAAGACAGAACGAACUGCAUUCUUUGGGAUGAUCUACAGUACUGUAUUGACUGUCACAUGACAAUGUAUCAAUGGACUAUCAAAGCACUCCCUUUUUGCAUUAGAUUUGUACUAUUGAUGAUGCAGCAUACAUUUCAUACACAGUCUCUGUGCACAGUAAAUAUGCAACUUUGUAUAUGGGUGUGCAUAUUAACACCUAUCUUUCUGUUUAAAUAGGUACAACUAUCCAUGAUUUGAUAUGUAUAGAUACAUAUGUUUCCUAUGACCACAAUGUUUGCUAAAUGUCGCUUGCCAAACCAGUGAUUUAGUUAAAUGGUGUUCAUUGGCAUAAUAUAAUUAUUAAUAUUGACCUUACUCCUUCACAGAGCGAUGUAUACUAAACUCUUAACACACAACUCUGCUCCUACACAUUAUUUAGGGCUAGAUGCAAUCUGUUUCGAGGAAGAUCCUUGUUUAUAGCACAAUGAAAGUGUAAAGGUAAUUUCCGAUUGAGCCGACAUAUGCAGCGCGUACCGUGAAUGCGGUCUCUGCGAACGCUGGAACAUUGCCUUUAAAUUUCAAUCACCCUAUUGCGCCGAUCUUUCACGCUACGGAUUUAAUCUAGGUCUUAGAUUUCCUUCCAACAGUUUGAACUCUGACCCUGAUCUGCUAAGGAUGUCCUUUUAGCCUAGUGGAAACGUCAACCCACCCGGUGAAGUAAUGGUAAAUCUGCUGUUAAUGUGAGAUGAGGUCUAGGGCUAUGGGUGACAAACUCCUGGGAUGGGCUGGACGCUGCAAGGCCAUGGUGUCAUAUUAGAUCACUGUGGUUUACUUUAUGUAUUAUUACCUUGUCUUAUAUAAUGCAUUCAUGUAUUUAUUUAUUUGUUGGUGUUAUUUUUUAAAUGAUAAACUGCUGAGAGUUAGGGAUUAUAUUUCUCCAUUUUUGUAUUUGGACUGAACCACCAGGGAACUGGAUGAGGAGGGCGAUGGUGUGGUCUGACCGUGAUCAUGAUAAUGAGCUAGGUGGAGUUUUCUCCAUUUUACUUGCAACCGUCCAGCUCUUUCUGAUCUAACCCUAAGGGGUCUUCAAAAAGUGUCUAAGGUUUAGGGGUUAGAGGUUAAGUGGGAGUGAACGUGUGAUAGAGAUGAACUGUACUGUGGGGCUUAAAGUAAAAUGAAUGACUGAUUAUUGAGAGACGCUGCUGGUGAACCUGAAUAAACAUCAUGUUCUGUGUAUGUGCGUGCGCGCGUGCGUGCGUGCGUGAGACACAGGUUACAUUUUCAACACAUAAAAGGAAAUAUAUAUAUUUUUAAAUUCAUAUUGAAGAACUUUAUCAUUGUAGAUUAUUUUACACUGGGGCAGUCAUACAUAUAUCAUCAUCAGUCAUAUUUCAUAUACACAGUUAUUCAGAUACACAAACUGCCUACUGUUCCUUUGCAAAGCCUUCACCUUGCAAAACGUAGUGUGUACACAUCCUUUUUGAUCCAGAAUGCAAAUCAGCGUUAAUCUAUCGUUGAUUAAACUUAAUUAAAACAUUAGUACUCUCAGACAACACAUUUCGGAAAUGGCAAAACAGGAAUCAGUUGUAAUUUGAUCCCCUCUUAAUUUUCUUAUACAACAAAUCAGGACAAUUUUUUUUUUAACAAACACAUCGAUCUCGCUACCAUGGUCGAUUUGGAAAAUUCUGUUGUAUUUUAGAAAUGUCUUCUGAAAUGCCAAGGGAUGUGCAUAUGUUUCAAGGUUAUUUUUGUUGGUUGUUAUUUCCUGUUCCCCUUGCUUCCAUUGGUCGAGUGGAGUCUUCCAGACACGUGGAAUGUUGGUGGAAUGUUGGUUUUCAGUAGAGAGGAGGUUACAGCAGGACACUGGGAACACUGAUGGACUGACCGACUGACGGACAGAUGGCAUGUAAGCUUGCGAAUGUCCAACAUGCACGAGACCUCAUUCAAAUCUCUAAAACAUUUCUGGAUUUGUUUAGAAGAGACAGUAUCUUGUGGAGGUGUGAGUGUGUGUCUGCAGGGGAGAGGGGUGGCUAGGGUGAUAACAUGUACAGUCAAAAUGAAGCAAGAUGAAACUGAACUACAAUACAUGAAUAAUAAUAGAGUGAGCUUAGAGAAAGACAGAAAAUGAUUAUGUGAACAAAGUUUACAAUAAAGGCUAAUACAUAGUGCUGAGGGAUUAGUGCUUUUCUAGGUCGGGUCGGUUUUGGUUUGAUUCUUUAAAAAAUAAUCACAGUUUUCGAUUUUGGUUUGAAUUAUUAUUGUUUGAUCAUGAAAUGCAUUCUGGUAUAGUGACCUUUUUGAAUGGAAAUUGCAAAGCCAAAAAUUGUGAACAUUCUUAUCGCGAAAACAUUCAAAAUAUUCCAAUAUUCCAGUCAGGUCCACAUUGAGUAGACAUCAAUAGAAAAAUAGGAAAUUACUCUGAAGUAAUAAAAUAUUUCAGUUGUGUUAUAUUACUUGGUUUUUAUUUGAUGACGUUAUUAUUUUUCAUUCCUCAAAGUCAUCUUAUCGCUGUUCAGGCAGUAGCAGUCAGCCAGCCAGAUAACGUUAUCUCUGUACUCCCCAUAUUGUUCUGUCUUUAGUCGUCCUAUUUAGCUAGGCUAGCUGUACAGCUGUCUGACAAAAUCCUUUUACUAGUUCUUCAAAUAAUAUUAGCUUAAUGAAAGCUACAACUCCCUUCAGCCAAGUGGCCCACAUAGUUCUUGAGUUGAUUUCUUUUGUGAAUUAUUUGAUUUCUCUCUAGAGAAACAGUGCAUUGGGCUCACACAAAAAAAUGAACUAAAUGGAAUUCAAGUUAUUGAACCGACAUCUUGUUGAAAAACCGAAAAUCACCCGAAAUGAAUCUCAGCACUACUAAUAAAGGAGGCGUAAAGGAUGAAUAAAGAGGUGUUGAGAGCCAGAUA